AGCGAGCAGUGAAGGUGUGUGCUGCGGUAGCUCUAGAGCCACACUGGGUACGGACGCUAGCAGUGAUCUUCCUCUACCCACGGCCUCAAGUUAUUCCUUCUUCUUUUAUCAUUCAAAAAGCAACCUGCAGGUGAUUUGUAGCUAAUUGUGGGAAAUGAAUCGUUAUACGACAAGUGUCACGUAUUGAUUUCCACCCAAUUAAUUGUUGCCCAGAAAUGCAUUCAAUUUGGAGAGUAAACUCUGAAUAUUUUUCAUAAUACAGUUUGAAUGGAAUUCUUCAGUACCAUGCUAGGGUUCUUGUGAAAUUUUCUUUUAAACGAUCGAGUUGAUGUCUCAUGAGCAUCUCAUGUAAAGUCACGGCCAAAAGCAAGGAUAUGAUUGCGAGAUGCCCAAGUUGAUGCGAUCGGUCGUGUGGCCAGCAUUGGCUCUAGCUGUGUUGCUAGGAGGCAGCAUCAUUAGCCUAAGCAGAAGUCCUCAGGUAUUGACGCAGAUACACGAUGUUACUCACGAGUAUAUUCAACCUAUUACGAGAUCAUUCAGUGAUGUUAAAUUUAGUGCCGAAAAUGACGUGCGAUUCAGUGUUACUAAGUACGCCGACGGGGAGCCAAGCGAGAAAGGGAUAUUGACUUCAAUCUCAGAUCCAGUUAAAAAUAAAAAAUCAAGUAACACAGUAAGCAGUGACCAUGUGCAAGUGGGCUAUAGCGGUGGUGACGAUCAUCAGAGCUUAUCACACACAAAUUUCGAUAAACGGAAAUUAGACAUUGUACCUCCUCGAAGUCGGAGAAGCGCGUCUGAUGCAGAAGAGAUAGAUUCGUCUACACUACGCGUUUGGGUAACGCCGUUCCACCGCCAGUUCCCACAAAGCCACGGGCCCGUCCCGCAUUCUCAGUCCGAGGGCGUUUCUCCCAGCAACGACUUGCCGCAUGUCCCUGGUGUUACAGAGGGACACCAGGGCACGCGCGGGUACGAGUGGGUGGCAUGGGGUCGACUGUGGCAGGUCGUGGCAUGGCAUGACUCUCAUUUCAUGGCACCGACGAUGUUACUGCGCGAGGAAGGCAGUGCAAAAAGCCGUGUGCAGCCCAGCUACCGAAUAUCGCAGUGUUUUUUCAAAGGAUAUGUAGUGGGACACCAACACUCGUCUGAUGUUGCUCUCAGCGCCUGUGAUGGACUU